AUGAGCCGCGCAUCGGAGGAUGUCUGGUUCAGUGAGAAGAUGUUUGAACCAUCAUUCUGUUUUUAUACUGGAUAUAAAAUCCCCUUGUGCAAAACCUUGGACCAGUAUUUUGAAUACAUCCAGUCAUUGCCAUCCCUAGAUAACCCCGAAGUCUUUGGGCUUCACCCUAAUGCUGAUAUCACGUAUCAGAGUAACACUGCCUCUGCUGUUCUUGACACAAUUACCAACAUUCAACCCAAAGAGAGUGGAGGUGGUGGGGGAGAGACCCGGGAAGCCAUUGUUUACAGAUUAUCUGAAGAUAUGCUGAGCAAACUGCCUCCCGAUUACAUUCCUCAUGAGGUGAAAGCUCGUUUGAUAAAGAUGGGACACCUUAAUUCAAUGAACAUAUUUCUUAGACAAGAAAUUGACAGAAUGCAAAAAGUCAUUAUGACACUUCGCAGUAGCCUGAGCGAUCUAAAAUUGGCCAUUGAGGGAACAAUCAUUAUGAGUGAGAACUUGAGAGAUGCCCUGGACAACAUGUAUGAUGCUCGUAUACCUCAGCUGUGGAAAAGAAUAUCGUGGGAUUCAUCCACACUGGGCUUUUGGUUUACUGAACUUUUGGAAAGAAAUGCUCAAUUUUCUACUUGGAUAUUUGAAGGGAGGCCUAACGUGUUUUGGAUGACCGGUUUCUUUAAUCCCCAAGGCUUCCUUACAGCAAUGAGGCAAGAAGUGACCCGUGCCCACAAAGGCUGGGCACUGGACACCGUGACCAUCCACAAUGAAGUUCUGCGGCAGACCAAGGAGGAGAUCACAUCACCGCCAGGGGAAGGUGUGUAUAUUUAUGGGCUGUACAUGGAUGGAGCAGCCUGGGAUAGACGGAAUGGGAAGCUCACAGAAUCCACCCCCAAGGUGCUCUUCACACAGCUACCAGUGCUGCAUAUUUUUGCCAUUAACUCCACAGCACCCAAGGACCCCAAACUGUAUGUGUGUCCUAUUUACAAGAAACCGAGGCGGACUGAUUUGACUUUCAUUACUGUGGUAUAUUUGCGAACAGUGUUGUCCCCAGAUCACUGGAUCCUGAGAGGAGUGGCUCUUUUGUGUGACAUCAAGUAAGUUCAUUUCCACCUGCUGAGGGCCAUGUAGACAGCCUGUACUAUUGAGAGACGCAGUGAUGUGUGUCUUUUCUCCCUGACAAUUGCUUGAUUACUCUUCCUAAAUUAAAAAGUUGAUGUUCUAAAA